GCAGAUUCGACAAUUCCUUUUUAUUGCUAUCACAUUGGUUUUUGUGAGUUAAACGGAUUUUGAUCAAGAUGGAAUUACACUGGGUGAUUAUAGUCCCAAUUGUUGGUCUGUUGUUGUUUAUCCUGGUCAUCAUUGCGUGUUGUUAUGCAUGGCGUAAAUGUGAGAAACAACGAAAAGGACAGGUAGAGAGGUCAUUACGGAGAGAAGAGCUAGAAGGAUCCGCUACGUUUGAAGAUGGUUAUAACAGAAGAACCUUUGCACAUUCUGCAUCAACGGGAGAUUAUGGAUUAGUAUCCGCUACGUUUGGAUAUGAGGUCGCAAAAAUUGUUCCAUGUUCUGCAUCAAGAGUAAAUGAUGUUUAUAUUGUACGUUCUGCAUCAAGGGGUGGUGAGGGAUUAGUAUCCGGUACGCGUCGGGGUGAGAAUCUCAGAACAACUGCUGCAAGUUCUGCAUCGAGGGUAGAUGAGAGAUUAUUAUUCGGUGAACGUUCUGUAUUUAGAGGAGGUGAGGAAUUAGUAUCCGCUACGCGUUCGAGUGAGAAUUUCAGAAGAACUGUUGCACGUUCUACAUCAAGAGAAAAUGAGGGAUCUUUUGCACCUUCUGCAUCAAGUGGAGAUGAGGGAUCUGUUGGACGUUCUGCAUCAAGGGGAGAUGAGGUAGUAUUAUUAGCUAGGCGUCAGAUUACCGGAGAAAAUUCAGUUACUCUUGAGGAGUCCAAUCAUCAAUAUACAGCAAACAAAAACACCGGAACAAAGCAACCCACCGUGGAACAUAUGGAUUACAAUGCAAAAAAUGCAAUAAACAUUUCAUUUAUGUUAACCAAAACAUCGAUUUUAGGAAGGUUUUGUGUUUCUUAUCACCUUAAACAUUUAUUGGAAUAUCUUUCCGUAAACAUGUCAUACCCUUCUGAGACAAUAUUGGCAAGCAAUCGAGAUGCGAUCCCAAAUUUCUGUACAAUGUUUCAAAACGAUUUUGCACACGGCAUGUUAACAAGCGUUGUGUUGUCAAAUACUGCUGAACGCAAAUCUGGCUUACACCACUAUCAAUCAGAAAGAGUGAAAAUAUCGUAUUACCCAAAUGGAAUAUUUGUGCAUGAGGUAAUAGGAGGUAUAGGCGGCAAGAUUACCUUACAAGACAUCAUAUUGCACAUUCCUUCAGAGGCUUUAGAGCAGGACACAUUAAUAACUCUUGGAGUGAUCUGGGAAAGGCAGAUGUUUGAUUCCUUAAGGUCUGGCAAUGAAGAUGUUGUUCUGAGUCCCAUAGUCGUCUGUCAGCCAAGCGGGUUACAGCUCAAACGAAAAUGUACAUUAGAAAUACCGCACUGUGCUUACCAACCCAACACCUUUUGGGUGAUGGAUGUGAAGACGUGCCAUGGAGAUCUCUUAACAACUUGUUCCUACAAAUGGAUCACAGUUUCAACCAAUAGUAUUGCAAUUGAAGAGAGAAAGCUGUUGAUAGAUGUCAACCAUUUUACACUGUAUGCAUGUGUAGGAGUAACAAAAGCACCUUCCCAUGCAGCAAAGCGGAUGCAUCUUGUUAGUUUUCUCGAUGCAACACAAACUACACACAACACGGUUAAACAAAGAGUCUAUUGCUUGAACGACUACUCGGUUGAUUUAAAGGUUGCAGCUGAAAGAGAAAUCACGUUAGGUGCACCUCCGAAAAUGUCUGACUCCACCCAACUGCUCGUCUACGAUACUGGAAAAGAUGUUAUUGUAGAAGUGGACAGCCUCAAUGACCAGUGGAGGGUUUUAGGUUCUAGCUCUGAGAGAUUACCGUAUGCUCUUGUCUGGGAAGCUUACACGCCUCACUGCACGUUGGUUUUUGAGGGAGCCACAGUUGCUGGAACAAAAUCAGAGAAACUCGUCUGUGAUAUACUAGCAUAUCAAGAUGGCAACGACAACAAUGUUGGGAAACUGAAAAUUGCCGAAAACGUGUUUGGGGAAUUACCGGAAAGCAUUGUUCGAAUCCAGUCGCAGAGGAAUCAGGUAGCUGAAACAUUAAAGGAAAUGCUAGACCCAAUAAAUGAAUGCGCAACAAACGCUGGCGACUGGCAAGCGCUAGCCGAGAAAAUGGGAUGCAGUUACGUACGAAUAAAAUGGCUUGAGACACAGAUUGGAAGUCCAACGGUUGUACUGAUUCACCAGUGGUUUGCUGAAGGAAGAACGCUUGGGGAGCUGAUUCAGAAACUCGAGGAAAUCAACAGGCCGGAUGCGGUCCAAGAGUUAAGGAAUCUUAAAACACAAAAUGACCUGGACAAUCAGAAGCUACAUCUGAAUGAAAACAUGCAAGUGCAUGGGCCAUAUCUGAAUAAAAACAAAACACUAACUCCAGCCCAAAUGCGUGAGUCAGAGACGAGCGGACCACUAACGACAUACUUAUAGUAAUGUCAGCUUUGGAGCUAUAAACCCAGACGAAAAUCAUGAUCAUAAAUUUGGGCUCAUGCUAGGGAAAGGAAGAUUAAGUUCAAAGCAUGCAUGUGAAAGUUAACAAACAGAGAAUAAUUUGUUAGCAGUUUAAGAUUUGUGCAUCAAUUCAAUUAGUUUUUGGAUUAGUUUUUGGAUCUGUGAAAAUUACUUUUCAUUCUUGAAUGUAAAUGAACUUUUACAUUCGUUUUGUGUAUAUGCGAACGUGUGAAUUUGUAUGUAUGUAUUUAUUAAUUAUGUUAAUCUUCUUCACAGUGUA